GCGCCCUCUCCCUCCUCCACCGCUGCCGCCUCCUUCUUCUGCCGCUCCUGGUGCUGCUUGUGUGCUCGUUCGGUGCGGACCUGGUACCUCUUUUGUGAAGCGGCAGCUGAGGAGACUCCGGCGCUCGCCAUGGCCGACGAAAAGCCCAAGGAAGGAGUCAAGACUGAGAACAACGAUCAUAUUAAUUUGAAGGUGGCGGGGCAGGAUGGUUCUGUGGUGCAGUUUAAGAUUAAGAGGCAUACACCACUUAGUAAACUAAUGAAAGCCUAUUGUGAACGACAGGGUUUGUCAAUGAGGCAGAUCAGAUUCCGAUUUGAUGGUCAGCCAAUCAAUGAAACAGACACACCUGCACAGUUGGAAAUGGAGGAUGAAGAUACAAUUGAUGUGUUCCAGCAGCAGACAGGAGGUGUCUACUAAAAAGGGAACCUGCUACUUUACUCCAGAACUCUGUUCCUUCAGACCAAGAAGAUAUUCUCAAUUAGAAAGCCGCAAUUUGGUUCCACCACAUCCUGACUACUACAGUAUAGUUUUCUCUAUUCUUUCAUUUUCCCCUUCCCCAUUCCUUUAUUGUACAUAAAGUAACUGUGUAUGUGCACAAGCAUAUUGCAUUUUUUUUAACUAAAUGGCCAAUGGUAUGUUUUGAUCGACAUCAAAUGGAGAUGGGAUGGGGGAAAAUACUGCUUCUGUGAAAAUCCCCCCCUCUCCAUUAGUGGCAUGCUCAGUCGGCUCUUAUCUUUAUAUUCCAGUAAGUUAUUUUGCUCUCACUGUUUAACAAAAAAAAAAAAGAACAACAUAAAAAUCCUUGCAUACCUUGUUCAAUUGGAGAAUUUUAAUGUUUUUCAUUUAUCAUUGUAAAACCAAGGACAAUUUUAUAACUUUUUUGUACGUAGCUGUUACACGUAGGGCAAUCUGUCUUUAAGUAGGGAUAAAUUACUCUAAAAGAAAUGAAUCCUAGAUAGUUUUCCCUUCAAGUCAAGCGUCUUGUUGUUUAAAUAAACUUCUUGUUUAAAA